AGUGGCUGCUGGGAGACAUGACAGGGUCCUCCGCUUCCCCUCUCCUGGCAGCAGUGUUGCGAAACCCUCCUAACACAUGUCUGGCGUAGAUUUUUUUCUCUCUCUCUCCAUUAAAAGCCUGUUUUCAUCCAGCCCUUACGCCACCAGUCCCACUGUCAUGUCACAGGCAUCUCUGUGGGGCAAAGACACCACAGCCUUACUUGAUCUGUCCUCUCCUGUGUGCAGCUGGAGCCACGCCCUCCUGGAUAAAGUUCACCAAGUGUCCUCCUGCUCCAGACCAAGCGCAGCACCUUAUCAAAGAGGGACAGAGCUUUUAAUCCUGAAUUAAAGAUCUCUGGUCUUCCCCUUCAAAUGAGGAGUUCUCAGUUUUAUUUAAACUAAUAAACCUCCCCCGUUUUCCUCUAUAAACUGCUUUUUCUCAUUCAAGAGGAGGAAGAUAAGAAGGGAUCGCUUUUAAAGAUGCUCUGCGCUUCUUUUUUUCCUCUGAAUUUGUGAAGUUAGUGAAGGGCAACAAGUGGAGACCAGGUGACAUCUCCAGAAGCCUUUGGCAUUUUCACGUUGACAGCGCGGGGCUUACUGGACAGCGAGCUGCUCAGCUUGAACGAUGGCCGGAUGCUGCAUAUCGGCGGAGGACAGGGAGAACCAGAGGAUCAACGAGGAGAUUGAGAAGCAGCUACGGAGAGACAAGAAGGACUCUCGCAGGGAGCUGAAGCUGCUGCUGUUAGGUACUGGAGAAAGUGGAAAGAGUACCUUCAUCAAACAAAUGAGGAUUAUCCACGGAGGAGGAUACACAGACGAGGACAAGAGGAGCUACGCCAAGCUGGUCUACCAGAACAUCUACACGUCCAUGCAGGCGAUGGUGCGAGCCAUGGAAACACUUAGUAUAUCCUUCUCUGAUCCCCAGAAUCAGAGCCAUGCAAACGCAGUCCUGGAGGUGGAGGUGGAUAAGGUGGAGGAGUUAGACCAAAACCUUGUGGCGGCCAUCAGCAGUCUGUGGAAGGAUGAAGGAAUACAGGAUUGCUACGACCGACGCAGGGAAUACCAGCUGUCUGACUCCACCAAAUACUAUCUCUCCGACCUGGAUCGAAUUGCCCAACCCUCUUAUAUCCCUGACUUGCAGGAUAUCCUCCGAGUCCGAGUGCCCACCACAGGUAUCAUCGAAUACCCGUUUGACAUGGAGAACGUCAUCUUCAGAAUGGUGGAUGUGGGGGGUCAGAGGUCAGAGAGGAGGAAGUGGAUCCACUGCUUUGAGAACGUCACAUCCAUCAUCUUCCUGGUGGCGCUCAGCGAGUAUGACCAGGUCUUGGCUGAGUGCGACAAUGAGAACCGUAUGGAGGAGAGCAAGGCCCUGUUCAAAACCAUCAUAACCUACCCGUGGUUCCAGCGCUCCUCUGUCAUACUUUUCCUCAACAAGACCGACAUCCUCAAGGAGAAGAUCAUGUACUCUCAUUUAGCCUCCUACUUCCCUGAAUUCACAGGCCCUCAGCAGGAUCCUACAGCAGCUCAAGAAUUCAUCCUGAAAAUGUACCAGGAACAAAACCCGGACAAGGACAAGACGCUGUACCCUCACUUUACCUGCGCCACAGACACAGAAAACAUCCGCUUUGUCUUUGUGGCCGUCAAAGACACCAUCCUCAGACACAACCUGAAGGAGUUCAAUCUGGUGUAAAGAGGGGCAGGAGGACAGGAGACAGGGAGACAAGAAGGUAGAGGGAAAGACGUGAGGAGAGCCAAGAGAGGAGAAUUACUUAAAGCAAAUUUUUACCACGCUUUAUCUCGAACGAUUAGACUUUACAAAGUUCCUUUGUGUCUGCACAAUCACUGGAAAGAUUUUCUUUUGUUUUUUUCAUCUUUUGUGCCUCCUGUACAAGUACAGCCAGAGAGAGAAUAUGAACGUGAACAUACCGAAAACUGUUUCUGUGGGUUGCUGUUGUUUACUUUGUGGUUCCCUUCCCAGCCUUUGUAGAGAUGUAUUGUAAGAAUGUGGUACUUUGACAGCAGAAGUGAGAAUGUCAAAAUUUGGUUAAACUAAUAUCAGUGACCUGUUGUGUGGGCUACAUAUUUUAUUAUUUAAAAUACAGUUGCCAGAUUUAUCUGAGUGCUUUAACCGAUAUACAAUUUGUGCUCAUGCAGUGGCUGAUUAUAGAAGUUGUUUUUCGUCCUGAGUUCUGUGAUUUAAUAUCAGGUAGCACAUUUUCUUUCCCCACUGAGCCAUCUGUGUCUGUGUGUUCUACCUGCAAGUGCCUUAUUUAUUCAGGGCAGUCAGCACAACCACUGGGUUUGCUGUAAGUGUAAAUAAUCCAAGUUGUUCUUCGAAAAACCCUCCUCAGCUGUUUCUCGUCAGGAGAAAUGGAAAUUAUAUUUAUGGAAUUUUUCAAUAAACCUUUACAUUUACUUAAUGAAGGAAUCUGAGUGAUUGGAA